GCUAACAGCUCAUCAGCUGGUACUGGAACCGAUGAACGGGAAAGAUCUGAGCGAAAAAGUGAAAGUGGACCCAUGCCUGAAUGGAUGGACGACGGAGAAGAUCAAGAAAAAACGGAAUCCAGUGACGAUACGACCAGCGCUACAGGCUCAUUUGACGAACACGGGCGUUUCCAAAAGAAGGUUGGUUUAUCAGUACUGCUGACUGCAUUUAUGUAUAUGCUUCUUGGUAAACUUUCUCCUUAA